UAUUAACUGAUAAUUAACUGAUAAUUAAGUGGCUUGUUGAAGGUGACUGAGAGGGUCCUGUAUGUUUUCUAUAUUUAUCAUGUUUUACAUGCUAAUAUAAGUGUGAUCUUUAAACUGUGACCUGAGUCUCUCCUCAGAGUCCGGACUGAACCCGGGAUCCAGACUAAACCUGCGCUUUCCACCCUCAUGAUGAUAAAGUGAGAUGAUCAAAUGUUGUUUCACACUGUGGCCUUUAAGUAAAAAAAAACGAAAAAAAAGAAGAAAUUAUGCAACGUCUCCGGGGCAGGCGCGUUACCAUAAUAAAACCUUGUUCCAUCAGUGGAGUCGUGGCUCUGGAGACGUAGUAGUCUAAUAAUCCGAUGCGUCCAGUUGGUGGAAAUCCCCACGUGGUUUCGACUCCUGUAUAAAAACUUUGGGUGAGCGGAGCCCCUGUUGUCGUGAUUGCACAGGGAGAAGAGGGUCUCAGUCAGCGAGCAGCAUCUUGCAAGGACGCACGGACCUGGCCAUCCACAACGGCGCGCACUGGGGGGACAGGACACGGUAACCGGGCUGAACACACUAAAUAAAUCCACGGGACUUCCUCUCCCUGGGACCGCAGCUGUAGAGGUGGACUCUCUGCGUGGUGUUUGAAUGGGGACUGGACGCCUCUGGACACCGACAGGUUUUAUUUCGACUCAUCGGUGAGACCGUGUCGCCUCCACGUCCUCGUUUGUUUUGGUCGAUUACACGUCUGAGCUAAACGUGGUGUGACAGACGCGCGUCAACGAUCCAAACUCCUGAGUGCGCCUCACAAUCAGAGACAAGAACUUUUGUUUUGCGCAGAGAAAAGACGCAUCGCUGGAUAACUGAACGCAUAAUGACAAGAGAUAAUUAGCCUCGCAGUUCCACUCGUGUAUAACUGGGAAUACAAAGCUUUCAUUGGCCCCUGUGGAUAUCUGGAGGCGUCUGACUUCUGGAGCACAAGUGGAUGUCCUGCCGGAACUUUUCACAUGUUUUAAAUUAAAAGUAGCUUUAACCUCAGAGUGUGUUUUUAGUCUUUUCAUCCCUGUCUUGAAUAGCAUCUGGGCUGUAACGUUAACUGUACCAAAAUGAGCUUGUACAGUCUGGCAUUGUCCUGUUUAGUUGCGUGCCUCCUCUCCUCUUCCGUGCGCUGCAGCUCGGUAACCGGGACGGAGACUCAGAGCUCGCCGCAGGAGUCGUGCGCGUCCUGCGGCCUCAGGGCGCCGGAUCAGACGGAGCGGUUGAACAUAGACUUUCUGGAGGCGGUGAAGAGGCACAUACUGAACAGGCUGCAGAUGAGAGACAGACCCAACAUCACCCAUCCCAUCCCGAAGGCGGCGAUGGUGACGGCGCUGAGGAGGCUGCACGCCGGCAAAGUGCGAGAGGACGGCCGGGUGGAGAUCCCCAGCUUUGACGGACAGGCCGCCUUCAACAACGAGGUUCAGGCGGAGAACUCGGAGAUUAUCAGCUUCGCCGAAUCAGAUGGACACAUGUCCCCCAAGUCUGGUCUGUACUUCCUCAUCUCCAACGAGGGCAACCAGAACCUGUACGUGUCCCAGGCCAACCUGUGGCUCUACUUCCGCGUGCUGCCGGCCGGUCCCGAGAAGGGCCUCCGGAGGAAGGUGACGGUGAAGAUCCACUACCAGGAGGCCGGGACUUCGAGCAGCGCAGAGGGAGGCCCGGGAGGCGGCGGCGGCGGAGGGGGAACGGGCCGCUGGGCGUUGGUGGAGAAGCGGGUGGAUCUGAAACGCAGCGGCUGGCACACCUUCCCCCUCUCGGAGGCGGUGCGGGCCGUGUUUGGGAAAGGCAGCCGGAGGCAGGACCUAGAGGUCCACUGUGAGGGCUGUGAGGCGUCCGGCGUUGUUCCGGUGCUGGUUGACCCGGGCGAUCCGUCCCACCGGCCCUUCCUGGUGGUGCGUGCGCGGCAGGUGGACGGGAAGCACCGCAUUCGCAAGCGGGGGCUGGAGUGUGACGGCACCAGCGGGGGCUUGUGUUGUCGGCAGCAGUUUUACAUAGACUUCCGUCUUAUUGGCUGGAACGACUGGAUCAUCGCACCAGCCGGUUAUUACGGUAACUACUGCGAGGGCAGCUGCCCCGCCUACAUGGCAGGAGUGCCGGGGUCGGCGUCGUCCUUCCACACCGCAGUAGUAAACCAGUACCGCAUGAGAGGGAUGAGCCCGGGCUCAGUCAACUCCUGCUGCAUCCCCACCAAGCUCAGUACUAUGUCCAUGCUCUACUUUGACGAUGAGUACAACAUCGUCAAGAGGGAUGUGCCCAACAUGAUCGUGGAGGAGUGCGGCUGUGCUUGAGUCCACGCUGACUCGCUUCAUUAUCUGAACUCAGAACAGUCAGAAAGGCCUUUUGUACAAACAGGACGUAAUUGUACGGAACACAUAUACAAUAUAUCUAUACCUACUGUAUGUGCAAGCAACAAACACACACACCCACACACAUACACACACACACACACACACUGGUGCAAUCUAGCAAACGCAAGUGUCAGUGUCGUGUCGUGUCCAUGUGUGCAUGCUGUGUUUGCACGUGCUUGUGCGAGUGUGUGUAUUUAUCAGACUGAGUGACGCGCUCGCUGCUGGAGUGGUGUCCGGUCAGCAGUGGGAUGAGAAGGGAAUGAUUAUCACCAAAUGAUACUUUGCUCUAGUUUUGCCAUUUCUAGUCAAAAAAUAAUGGCCUAUCAUCUCCUCUUGAAUGAAGAUAAAAAAAGCGCUUAAGUGACAGGAUCAGCCAGCGACAUGAUUGGCUUCACCCCCCCCCCCCCCACACACACACACACACACACACACACACUCCCCACCCUGCUCCUCCAACCCUGUUAAGUACUUUAAGCACAUGACAGACUUUUGUUUUUAUAAAGCACUGACAAUUCAUCAGCUUAUACAAUUCAGAACACCAGCACUUCGCUACUAUGCCGACAGACUCAGUCUGACCGUCCUCUCUGGUGGAAUUAGACCAGCAGCGCUUAAUGCCUUGCAGGAUUAAACACUCGGCAGCAGCACAAUUGCAAAAGAAAAGUCCUCAACAGAGGCCGCCGCCGCCGCCACUGUUGUCAUCAUCGUCAUCCUUGCUGUUGACUACGGCCCUCAACCCACGACUUCCUGCCUGUCGAGAGUGCUGCAGGCCCUGCUACCAUGACAACCAGGUGAAGAUAGAUCUCAUAAGUGCACUUCACUUGUGCGCUGGGAGCGUCAGAGAGAGAGAGAACUGCUUCGUCCCCCGGGGCUCAGUGGAAGUGGGGGGGGGGGCCCACGGACACGGAGACUCUUUAGUCCCGGCCCAGUGCGUCGCCACAGUGCAGUGCAGCACUUGCAGAAACUGAAAUGCACACCCUGAAUAGCACUUGUAUAAAGAAAUGCCUUCUAAGGGGUACUGAGUGUCCUGUCCUAUCGCUAAAUAAGUGCCACAUGAGCUAUGCAAUGUAUAGUAAUCUAUACCCAUACUCAACAUUGUCUAUUAGACUGAAUUCUUUCUCUUUCUCUCUCUCCUCCUCUCUCUCUUCAGUCCUCAACUCUUUAUCAAUACUUGAAAUGUGAUCUUUCGCUUCCUUUCCAAAGCGAAUGAUUAUUGUGACGUUUGCACUGAAAAGUUGCAGGAUUAGUGAAACAAAAACUGCCAUUGAAAUGUUAUUUUUAUAGAAGUAAAUUGAAUUUUGUUUCAAAUGUAUUUUAAUUAAUGGAACCAAAGAGGCCAAGAUUUGAGCUGUUGUACUAAGAUGGCAAAGGCUGUCGAGUUACUGUGUACAAUACUGUCUUUUUUCUGAUGAUUUGCGAAAGGCCUACCACUGUAUCAGGGUACGAUAUAUGAUUUUCAUUUUCUUAGCUCUAUUUUCAUUCUCUGUUUUGUACAAUAAGCAACACUUUUCAUUUUUCAUCUUUAAUUCUAUUUUUGUUUCAGUUUUCUAUUUAAUAAGAAAGUUAUUUUUAGUUCCUGUAUAAGAAUCAUUUAGUCAAAUAAAUUUCAUCUGUACAGUUUAUGUGAAAUAAAAUG